AUGAAAUCAAUAGCUCAAUCAAAUAGGACUGAAUUAAAACUAACUAUUAAAUCAACUGUCAAGAAACUUCUUAUUCCAAAAGUGCUCAAUAAAAAUUUACCUACAACAAAUAUCGAACAAACACAAACAGUUUUACAUUUAUUUCCAAAUAUUAUAAUGAAUACAACAAUACAUAAUGGUUCAAUUCAAUUGGUAACUGGUGAUUUAAUCACACAAAAUGUCGAUGUCAUUGUUGUAUAUUCAACAUCAGAACUUCUUUUAAAGAAUAUUCUAGAAAAAGCAGGCUUAGUAGUAACAGAAGAAUAUUAUCGAUUAUCUAGUUCAGUCGAUCAACAAAAUUCUUUAAUAGAAACAACUCCUAGAAAUUUGAAUUGCAAAGCAAUUUUAUUUCUUCCUCUGAUAACAUUAUUAAAUCCAGAUUCUAAAAUUUUAUCAAAUUCAAUAUCUCAAUUCGGAUCAAUAUCAUUAAAUCAUAUCCUUUAUCAUCCUAAAGUUUUCAGAACAGUAGCAUUUCCAGCUAUUGGAUGUGACUUAAUACGCUGUCUAGUGAAUAUUGUAGCACAAGCAAUGAUUGAUACAGCUGUUGCAAAACUUAAAGAAACUAUACUUUAUUUUACAGUAUCAUCCGUCAUUUUGCCUAAUCAAUUCAAUAUACAUCACAGAUUUGCUGAUAGAUUGGCAUUAAUACAAAAACCAUCAGAAUCAUUUGGUUCUGUAAAGUGUUCAUUUUCAAUACUCGUAGGAAAAUCUAUUUUGGGAAAUAAAUUAAUGAAAGUACCUUCAAAAGGAUAUGAUUCAACAACAGAUAAUAAUCAAAUUUUUGUUGUUUAUCAUGAUGCAAAAGCUUAUACUAAUUAUUUAAUUAAAUAUCAAUAA